GGAGGGGGAUGUGGUGCUGCCGGAGCCGCCACUGCAGCUGCUGCUGCCUGCUAGUUGCCGCGUCUUCCCGGAGGCGACUGCUGGAAGCUUCAGGGAGCAGCUGCGGGGCUCUGCCAUAUUGUGUCUUCCCUGGCCGGUCCCUUGCCUCCCGGCCGGUCGGCCGAGCUGACGACUGGGAUUAUGAGUUUUAAGGAGGAAGAUAACAGAGAUGAAGUGCCAGCCUCAUCACAUCAUAUCAAUGAUACAAACUAACAACAUGAUAAAACUGAUGAUAAUUACCUUGAUCACGUGGUUGAGGUCUUUGUGGAGUUUCGCCCACUUUCCUGCCUCCUUCCAAUGUACUCUUCUGGAAGCAAGUCGCUAAUUGGUUGAAUCCAUGGAUACAGAACCCACAGAUGCAGAGGGCUGACUGUACAAGUCUGUCAAAAAACCAAAGUGCUGGUUGGCUAAUGAUUGGUCACUGUAUGAUUUAUAGUACAGGUGAUAUUACUUCUGAUUCUAGAUGAACUAUAAGAGUAAAUGGGUCCAGUAAUUGGAAUGACUCCAGAUAAGAGAGCUGAAACCCCAGGAGCUGAAAAGAUUGCAGGAUUAAGCCAGAUUUACAAAAUGGGAAGCUUGCCUGAAGCUGUUGAUGCUGCCAGGCCAAAGGCCACUCUAGUGGACAGUGAGUCAGCAGAUGAUGAGCUCACAAACUUGAACUGGCUUCAUGAAAGUACUAAUCUUCUAACAAACUUCAGCCUCGGAAGUGAGGGUCUUCCAAUUGUUAGUCCAUUGUAUGACAUAGAGGGAGAUGAUGUGCCAUCCUUUGGACCAGCUUGCUACCAGAACGCAGAAAAAAAAUCAGCAACUUCAAAGCCCCCAUACUCCUUUAGUCUUCUCAUUUAUAUGGCUAUUGAGCACUCUCCAAAUAAAUGUUUGCCUGUCAAAGAAAUUUAUAGCUGGAUUCUGGACCAUUUUCCAUAUUUUGCUACUGCACCAACAGGCUGGAAGAAUUCUGUUCGACAUAAUCUGUCCCUGAAUAAAUGUUUUCAGAAAGUGGAAAGAAGCCAUGGCAAGGUUAAUGGAAAAGGUUCCUUAUGGUGUGUUGAUCCGGAAUAUAAACCCAAUCUUAUCCAGGCACUGAAGAAGCAACCUUUUUCUUCAGCAUCUUCGCAAAAUGGUUCUUUAUCACCUCACUAUUUAAGCUCUGUACUCAAGCAGAACCAGAUGCGAACCCUCAGAGAAUCUGAUAUCGAUGCUGCUGCUGCAAUGAUGCUUUUAAAUACUUCUAUAGAACAAGGAAUUUUAGAAUGUGAGAAACCUCUUCCUCUUAAAACAGCAUUGCAAAAAAAGAGGAGUUACGGCAAUGCAUUUCAUCAUCCCAGUGCUGUACGAUUACAAGAGAGUGAUUCUUUAGCCACCAGCAUUGAUCCAAAAGAAGAUCACAAUUACAGUGCAAGUAGCAUGGCAGCACAGCGUUGUGCAUCCAGGUCUAGCGUGUCUUCCCUGUCUUCUGUGGAUGAGGUAUAUGAAUUUAUCCCAAAGAAUAGCCAUGUGGGAAGUGAUGGCAGUGAAGGAUUUCACAGUGAAGAAGAUACAGAUGUUGAUUAUGAAGAUGAUCCUCUUGGAGACAGUGGCUAUGCAUCGCAGCCUUGUGCAAAAAUCUCUGAAAAAGGUCAGUCAGGCAAAAAGAUGCGAAAACAGACAUGUCAAGAAAUUGAUGAGGAGCUCAAAGAAGCAGCUGGAUCUCUGCUCCACCUUGCUGGAAUUCGUACAUGUUUAGGUUCCCUAAUAAGUACUGCAAAGACGCAAAAUCAAAAGCAACGGAAAAAAUAGAAACACUUAAGUGUGGCAAUACUCUUUCACUUAAUUCUUUACAAGGGAUAUCAAAGCCAUAAUGGACUUCAUUAGUUUUAGGGUAGGGAAGGGAUACGAAUUACUUAUUUCUUUCAAAACAUUUUUGGUUUUUGCUUUUUAAAAUUUUUAUUAAACAAUUGCUGUUAGGAUCAUGCCUGAUCAGAAAUAUAUGAUGUGAAGUCCUGAAAGCAUAAUUUUUGUGAUAAGUGUCUCCAAGAUUUGGAAAUUUUUGUAUAAGAAAAUCCCCAGCCUCUGUCUUAAACUUGUGGGACAAAAAUCCUUUCUUCUGUUAAUAUGUCAGAAUGUAAGAUUUGGCAACUCUAUAAAUUUUUUUCAUUUUCUUUUCCAAUCUGUAACUAUAGUUACUGAACCAGCUAAAAUUUUUGCUAAUGUAUUUUUCAUAUACUUCUCUCCUGACACACAAUCCGGUAACAUAAGAUUGAAAUUUUUUAACUUUGUUUUAAUUUGUUUUUAAUUUUUUUGUUGUUGUGGUGUGGGCAAAGACAAACAUAAAUUGAAAAACAUCCUGAUGUUUAGAAAAAGUUUCUUUUGGUUACAUAGGUAGAGAAUGCAACAAAGAGUUCUAAGGUUUAGAAAAGACAAUUUUGUGGUGUUAUUUCAUCCAAGAACACUCCCAAUUCCUAUUACAAUGGUAGCUUUGAAGUGUUUUUACUUCACAGAUACUGCAUAGCAUUUAUUGGGGCCUUUUAUUCUUACCCAAAGUGCUUUGCAAACAUUAAGUUUUAGCCACUAGCUGCCUUUGUUGAGUAUAAGUUAUCCAAUGAGAGGUAUAGCCAAUUAAGUGUGUUAUGGAGUACACCCAUUUUGACACACUUGUAAUAAGAGAAUCUUUCAUUUGCCUGCCACAUGUACUGCAUUCUGAGAAUCUUGUAAUAGGAAUGGAGUGUAAUGAAACAUUCUGAGUACUAAUUGCAUAUGUAUCAUAAAGUAGGUCAUUUAGGAAAAAACUUCUGUCCAAGCUUUGUAUAAAUUAAAUUUAUAAGUAUAACAAAUUAAAUCUUAACAGAUUUAAUGCAAUUUUACAAACAAAAUUACCUUCAUGAAUUUCAAAAUUCAUAUAAAAUUAGAUCUUAUGCAAUACACCCUUUUGAGGAGGCAGUGUCAUAACCUAGAGUGCCAUUGAUCCAUGAGAAAAAGAUUUUCUGGUACUACUCCAAAAGUGCUUUGACUGAGUAUCUUAUUUGAACAGUCUGCUUAUAUGAGACAGUUUUUCAUAGUAUCAUUUGUAUAAUUUGAUUAGAUUAUUCAGAAACAACAGGAUGCUAAACUACACUUAUUCAUUGUAUCUUUUUUUUUUUUUUUUACAAUGAUGGAAGCAACUUUCCAGAAGUUCAGUCUUAUACUACAUCCUAAGUCAUAGACAAUGACCUUGUUUUCAUCAUUCUGAUAGAUUGUAUACAUAUGUACACAUACAUACACACACAUGCACAGUCAAGGUCAUGAUGUUGAUUUGCUGUUUUCAGCUGUUUCUAUGAUUAUAAAGCAUUUUUUAAGAGACAGAUAUUUUAACUUUUAAUUUUUAUUUUGGCAAAACUGUCAAAUGAGAAAAAUGAUUUUAAAAACUUUUUUUUUCAAUUGACAAGACUUUAAGUCAGGGAUAACAGUAUUAAUGUUCUCUGUUCCAUUUCCAUGUUUAAUUUAACCUGGAUAGCCACAUUAAUGAAUUGAUGCUAUCAAAAUAUAGUAAUUUUUAAAUUUGUUAAUAAUGAAAAAUAACCCUUAAGCAUGCAGGAUGAGGUAUUUGGGUUUUUUCUUUAUAUCGAUCACAUCUACAGAAAAUGGCUAAACCAAGUUAACUUUUAUUAUAGACAGUGAAUAAAACACCAAAAACCCAAAAAUGCUUUAACCACAGUGUAAAUAAUAAAGAGAUUACACACAUCAUUUUAAUAACUAUUUUUAAGUUUUUACCAUAGCCUUCUGGAUAGACCUUAGGAACAGUGUUUCAGUGAUCUGGCACCAAUUUAUUUUGUUCUGCUGAAAUUCUGUAUCACAAAUGUGCUACCUGGUUUCUGUCCAUAAGACAAUUACUCUUUCUUUUUUUUUUUUUUUGAGACAGAGUCUUGCUCUGUCGCCCGGGCUGGAGUGCAGUGGCCGGAUCUCAGCUCACUGCAAGCUCUGCCUCCUGGGUUUACGCCAUUCU